CCAUGAAGAUCCUUUACCUUCUCUUCUCUCUCCUCUUCUUGGCACUCCAGGCUUCUCCAGGUUUGUCUUCGCCCCGGAGGGAAAUGAUUUUCUGUAGAGGAGGGAGCUGUCACUUCGGAGCGUGCCCCUUCCACCUGGUCAAAGUUGGAAGCUGCUUUGGGUUCCGCUCCUGCUGCAAACCGCCAUGGAACCUAAGAGAUGUUGAUGAGCCAUUCAUUGAAGAGCAAUGAAAAUUUCUUCUAAGCCUACAAAUUUGCUUGGAAUCUCCU